AAGGUGCAACUUCAGAACCCAUUGCAUAUUAAAUGAUAAAACCUUCAUAAUUUGUCGUAUUGUUCUCCUCUGAAUGCUAAUUAAAUUUCUUUUAUUUAGCUUAAUUUAUAAAUUUCUUGGUUUUACUUUUAAAUGAUCAUGAUAUUGACGAUAAUUUUGCCAUCGACAAUGGAAGAAUAUCAGCGGGAGAUUGAAGCAGCUUCCUGGCUUUUGCAGCUUCUCGGGCCUCUUCUUUCUUCUUUAAUCUGCUUCAUCAUGCUUUAUCUUCUUGCUGUUUCUCUCUAUAUCGUGAUGAUCAAGCGGAAGCUCUGGUGCAACUGUGAGGUCUGCGAUGCUUAUCUGACGUUCAGCUGGUCAAAAAGAUUUGAUAACCUCUGCGAUUGGUACGCCGAUCUAUUGAAAAACUCGGCCACCAAGACCAUCCACAUCCAUGUCCUCGGCAACACCAUCACCGCCAACCCAAAUAACGUCGAGUACAUGCUAAAAACCCGGUUCGAUAAUUUCCCGAAAGGGAAACCCUUUUCCGUCAUCUUAGGCGACUUUCUCGGCCGAGGAAUAUUCAACGUCGACGGCGAUUCAUGGCGAUUCCAGAAGAAGAUGGCGAGUCUCGAGCUUGCUAGGGUCUCGAUAAGAUCCUACGGGUUUGAGAUCGUCAACUACGAGAUCCACCACAGACUUAUCCCCUUAUUAUCCUCGGUUGCAGGAAAAGAUGAACUAAACGGCGGCGUUUCAGAUCUGCAAGAUGUUUUUCGGAGAUUCUCUUUUGACAGCAUAUGCCGGUUUUCAUUCGGGCUUGACCCGAGAUGUUUAGAAUUAACUCUGCCUAUUUCGGAGUUUGCUCUCGCUUUUGACCUGGCUUCAAAGCUUUCCGCCGAGAGAGCUAUGACGGCGUUGCCGGCGAUCUGGAAGAUUAAACGGAUGUUGAACAUCGGAAGCGAGAAGCAGUUAAAAGAAGCCAUUAAAACUAUCAGCAUCUUAGCCAGAGAAGUGAUCAAGCAAAGGCGUAAAAUGGGGUUUUCAACUCGUGAAGAUCUUCUUUCUCGUUUCAUGAUUUCCAUAACCGAUGAAACUUACCUCAGGGAUAUAGUCAUAAGUUUUCUUUUAGCAGGUCGGGAUACGGUGGCUUCCGGCUUGACAAGCUUGUUCUGGUUAUUAUCAAACCACCCAGAAGUAACGAAAGCCAUUAGGGUAGAAGCAGAGAGAGUUCUCGGAGCAAACGAGGAGCUUAAAAGCUUUCAACAAAUGAAGCAACUCCAUUAUCUUCACGCUGUAGUUUACGAAAGCAUGAGACUUUACCCACCAAUCCAGUUCGACUCGAAAUUCUGUGUACAAGACGACGUUUUACCAGACGGGAGUUUCGUGAAGAAAGGAACUAGGGUUACUUACCAUCCUUACGCCAUGGGGAGGAUGGAGGACAUAUGGGGUUCUGAUUGCUUGCAGUUCAAGCCCGAAAGAUGGUUGAAAAACGACGGCGUUUUCUUGCCGGAAAACCCUUUUAAGUACCCUAUUUUUCAGGCAGGCUUUAGGGUGUGUUUGGGAAAGGAAAUGGCAGUAAUGGAGCUAAAAAGCGUCGUACUUUCACUUGUCCGACGAUUCGAAUUUGAUUUAUUAACGCCGUCAGGCAGUACCCCGCGAUUCUCGCCUGGACUCACUGCUACUUUUAACGGCGGUCUCCGUGUUUUGGUACGAGAACGAGAAUCCCAAUUACCAUCCUGAGAUCUUAUCUUCCUUCUUCUCCUUAAUAAGAUUCUUAUGAAUGACUAAGAUUCAUAUAUAUCACCUAUGUGUAUAGCUUGAUUCAUCGUGUAAGACUCUCUCUCUCUCUCUAUAUAUAUA